CCCCCCACCCACUGUGGCCGAAAUGGGCUCUGCGUUUGGUCCAACAUAUGUUAGCCCAACUUUAAAACUUCAAAACCAAGGAAGCCGUCCCCCAUUCGCCUCGAGCCCGAGAUCCUGCCUCCGAUCUUCAGUGAUGGCGAUCUCCCACCGAGCCCUUUCUUCCCCGAUCCAAGAUCUAAGGCUGUGAGUUCUACAUCUCGGAUCUGGCGUUCUUUCCCCUCCUUGAUUCAUAGGGCGAGAUCGGUGGGAGAAAGAGGGGGUGAAAGAUGCUCCGGUUGCGCGCCUUCCGCCAGACGAACGGCAAGAUCGUCAAGAUCCAGCUUCACCCGACCCAUCCCUGGCUUGUCACCUCUGACGAUUCCGAUCAUGUCUCCGUCUGGGAUUGGGAACACCGCCAGGUGAUCUAUGAACUGAAGGCAGGCGGCGUCGACGAGCGGCGGUUGGUCGGGACGAAGCUGGAGAAGCUCGCCGAAGGAGAAACUGAGCCAAAAGGAAAACCUACAGAGGCUAUACGUGGAGGAAGUGUGAAGCAAGUUGGUUUCUAUGAUGAUGAUGUGCGAUACUGGCAACACUGGCGCAAUCGUUCUGCAGCUGCUGAAGCCCCAUCUGCUGCCAAUCAGCAUUCCUCUGCUUUUAGUUCACCUGUACCAUCCACUAGAGGAAGACAUUUUCUCGUCAUUUGCUGUGAGAACAAAGCCAUAUUUUUGGAUUUGGUAACUAUGCGAGGCCGUGAUGUUCCUAAACAAGAGCUUGAUAACAGAUCUCUUCUAUGUAUGGAAUUUCUAUCCAGAUCUGCUACUGGCGAUGGCCCACUUGUUGCUUUUGGUGGAUCAGAUGGUGUAAUAAGAGUUCUGUCAAUGAUAACAUGGAAGCUCAUCCGUAGGUAUACUGGUGGCCAUAAAGGAUCGAUCACUUGCUUGAUGACAUUUGUGGCAUCUAGUGGUGAGGCAUUCUUAGUUUCUGGGGCAAGUGAUGGUUUGCUUAUAUUAUGGAGCGCAGACCACAUCCAUGAUUCACGGGAACUUGUGCCCAAGCUUAGUUUAAAGGCACAUGAUGGAGGGGUAGUGGCUGUUGAGCUUUCAAGGGUGAUGGGAAGUGCACCACAACUCAUUACUAUUGGUGCUGAUAAAACUUUAGCUAUAUGGGACACUAUAUCAUUCAAGGAACUUAGGCGAAUAAAACCAGUUCCAAAACUUGCUUGUCACAGUGUGGCAUCUUGGUGCCAUCCCCGAGCCCCAAACCUUGAUAUUCUUACUUGUGUUAAAGAUUCUCAUAUCUGGGCUAUUGAGCAUCCAACUUAUUCGGCUUUGACAAGGCCGUUGUGUGAAUUGUCAUCACUUGUUCCUCCUCAAGUUCUUGCACCUAAUAAGAAACUGAGGGUAUACUGCAUGGUUGCACAUCCAUUGCAACCACACCUUGUGGCUACAGGAACCAACAUUGGUGUUAUUUUAAGUGAGUUUGAUGCACGGGCUCUUCCAGCUGUGACUGCUCUAGCGACACCACCUGGCAGCAGAGAACAUUCUGCUGUUUACGUAGUUGAAAGGGAGCUAAAGUUACUAAACUUUCAGCUGUCCAACACUGCUAAUCCGUCUCUUGGGAGUACUGGGACCAUCUCUGAAACAGGAAGAUCCAGGACGGAAACAGAACAAUUGCUUGUUAAGCAAACAAAGAAGCACAUCAGCACACCUGCUCCACAUGAUUCAUAUUCCAUUCUCUCUGUAAGCAGUUCUGGAAAGUAUGUUGCAAUUGUAUGGCCCGAUAUUCCUUCGUUUUAUGUGUACAAGGCCAGUGAUUGGUCGGUUGUAGAUUCAGGGACCGGGAAGCUUUUUGCUUGGGAUACAUGCCGUGACAGAUAUGCUUUAGUGGAAACUGCUUUGCCUCCUCGAAUACCACUUAUUAAAGGGGGUUCUUCUAAAAAAGCAAAAGAAGCUGCUGCUGCAGCUGCUCAAGCUGCUGCUGCAGCUGCUAGUGCAGCUUCUGCAGCAACUGUGCAAGUGCGUAUUUUGCUGGAUGAUGGGACUUCACAUGUCAUGGCAAGGUCUAUUGAAGGGCGUAGUGAUCCAGUUAUUGGCUUGCAUGGUGGUGCAUUACUUGGUGUCGCAUAUCGAACAUCACGGAGGAUCAGCCCUGUGGCUGCAACUGCCAUUUCAACAAUUCAGUCAAUGCCUUUAUCGGGCUUUGGCAAUAGUGGAGCUAUGUCGUCUUUUGCUGCAGCCGAUGAUCCUUUUUCUUCCAAUAAACCUGCUGCAGAAGCUGCACCACAAAACUUCCAGCUGUACAGUUGGGAGACCUACCAGCCUGUAAGCGGUCUUCUCUCCCAGCCAGAGUGGACUGCAUGGGACCAAACUGUUGAGUAUUGUGCUUUUGCUUACCAUCAGUACAUUAUUAUAUCUUCCUUGCGCCCUCAAUAUAGGUAUCUGGGAGAUGUGGCAAUUUCUUUUGCUACUGGUGCUGUUUGGCAUCGUAGGCAGCUUUUUGUUGCUACACCAACUACAAUCGAGUGUGUGUUUGUAGACGCUGGAGUUGCACCAAUCGAUCUGGAAACCAAGAAAAAAAAAGAGGAAACGAAAGCUCGAGAAACUCAAAGUAGGGUGUUUGCUGAGCAUGGGGAGUUGGCACUCAUCACAGUUGAUAGCCCACAGGUGACCACGAGUGAGAGAAUCUCGCUAAGGCCUCCAAUGCUUCAGGUUGUUCGCUUGGCCUCCUUUCAGCAUGCCCCUUCUAUACCACCAUUCAUAACAUUGCCCAAGCAAUCGAGAGUAGAUGGGGAAGAUGCAGUUCUGCCAAAAGAGAUGGAAGAAAGAAAAGUGAAUGAAGUUGCUGUUGCUGGAGGAGGUGUAUCUGUGGCAGUUACUCGGUUUCCUCCAGAACAGAAACGUCCCAUAGGGCCUCUUAUUCUGGUUGGUGUUAGAGACGGGGUCCUUUGGCUUAUUGACAGGCAUAUGUGUGCACAUGCCUUGUCUCUCAGCCAUCCAGGUAUUCGUUGCCGGUGUCUUGCUGCAUAUGGAGAUGCAGUUAGUGCAGUGAAAUGGGCAACUAGGCUUAGUCGUGAGCAUCAUGAUGAUUUGGCUCAAUUCAUGCUUGGGAUGGGAUAUGCAACUGAAGCUCUUCAUUUGCCAGGAAUAUCCAAGAGGUUAGAGUUUGACUUGGCUAUGCAGAGCAAUGACUUGAAGAGGGCCUUGCAGUGCUUGUUGACGAUGAGCAAUAGCAGGGAUGUUGGUCAAGAAACUACAGCUGCAGAUAUCACUGAGAUUCUUAGUCUAACUGCUGUUAAGCAGGAAAAUCUUGUGGAUGCUGUCCAGGGUAUAGCAAAAUUUGCUAAGGAGUUUUUGGACCUUAUUGAUGCUGCAGAUGCUACAGGACAAGCUGAUAUUGCUCGUGAAGCUCUCAAAAGGUUGGCUGCUGCUGGAUCUGUGAAGGGUGCUUUGAAAGGUCAAGUUUUGAGAGGACUAGCACUACGACUUGCAAAUCAUGGAGAGCUAACCAGACUUUCAGGUUUGAUAAAUAAUCUGAUUGUAGCGGGUCAUGGGCGUGAAGCAGCAUUUUCUGCAGCAGUUUUAGGAGAUAAUGCAUUAAUGGAGAAGGCAUGGCAGGACACUGGGAUGCUUGCAGAGGCUGUACUACAUGCUCAUGCCCAUGGUCGCCCUACACUGAAGAACUUGGUCCAGACGUGGAACAAGAUGCUACAGAAGGAGCUUGAGCACGCACCUUCUGUCAAAACUGAUGCUGCUUCAGCAUUUUUGGCAUCACUUGAGGAUCCAAAGUUUACAAGCCUAGCAGAAGCUGGAAAGAAGCCUCCCAUAGAAAUCCUUCCUCCCGGGAUGGCAUCUCUGUCAGCUCCUCCCAUCACGAUUAACAAAAAGCCACCUGCUUCAGCCGCCACAUCUCAGGGUCCCUCCACCGCAACACAGAGUCCCGAACCCACUCCAGUGCAAAGCGACUUGGCUACAUCGCAGAACACACUGAACACCCAGACAGAUAAGCCACUAAUGUUGGAAGCUCCUCCUCCAGCUGAUCAAUCGAAUGGCACCCCACCAGUUGUGGAGGCAGUGAGCAGCACAAAUGCUUCACCAGAGGUCACCGAGUCACCUCCCCUAGUAGAGGCAGCCUCUUAGGUCCUUUUCCAAUCUUUAUACUAUUUGGUAGUUUCGUGUAUCUUAUUGUCGUUUUUAAUUGCUUAUUUUUUGAAUAUUAACUUCAUUCGUGUAAUGAUUAUACAAGCAGGUUCUUGUUGUUAUUUUUCCCUGCAUAUGUUUGGGUGAUGAGAAUUCGGAUGUCUAAUUUUUAUCUUAAA